GCUUUACACCUUGCUUGCUUGUACGGAAUGAAGGAGAUUGUCGAUCUCCUGAUUCAGAGGGGUGAAGAUGUGAAUGCGACAGAUCAAGAGGGUUCCACUCCCCUCCAUGACGCGUGUGCAGGCGGUGAAGCAGCCGUGAAUGUAACUCCAUUGAUCUCCUGUACGGAUUUUCAUUCACAUUGCUCCGUUCAGGUCGCAGAUUCGGACAAUGAUACCCCUCUACACAAUGCUACCAACGGCGAUCAUAUCAAGGUAGUGCAGCUGUUAUUGUCGGCAGGGGCAGAUAAGAAAGCUGAAAAUGAUGCCGGGGAGACGCCAGAAAUGUUAGCACACGAUGACAGCGUGAAAGCAUGCUUCGUAUGA